GUAGGCUCUAGUGGAUCCUUCGCGAACUUGAUGUGUUUGUGGGGGAAACAGCGAGCGGAGCUACCGUGGAGCAGCGUGUGGAGUAAAACUAAAUGGAAGCUGCGCGUUAACUUUGCCCUCUCAUCGCGGCGCAGACACGGGGAGGGUUGCUUCGGAAACGCUGUCAUCUUGUCCGUUCUGCUGCCGGAAGAGAUCCACCGGGGUUCAGCCUGACAGCCGCCGGGCCUCGUCGCCGCGGCCCAGCAGGACUCAAGUGAAGUUGUGAGCGGACUGACAAACUUCUGCUUCCUCCAGCGACCUCUCCCCGCAGGGCCCGGGGCUCCCGUCACCGGCCCUGUGGGUGAGGGAGUGAGCACGGAUCGCAUCGCGCCUAGGAGAAAGGAAUCCCUUUGAUGGGAGAAUCCUCUUUCCUGGCCUCCUGGGUUAAUCGCCGUGCCAUGAUGAUGGAUGAGCAGGAGGCGCUGAACUCAAUCAUGCAGGACUUGGCCGAACUGCACCGCUCUAGCCGUCCUGCCAUGUUCCUGGCGGACCUGGGCAAACCCAAAGCCUCCUCGCCCAAGAACCAGAACGACGUCAGAGUGAAGUUCGAGUUCAAAGGGGAGAAGAGGAUUCUGCAGUUUCCUCGCCCUGUCAAGCUGGACGACCUGAGGUCGAAAGCUAAAGUGGCUUUCGGUCAAAUGAUGGACCUUCACUACACCAAUAAUGAGCUGGUGAUUCCACUGACGACUCAGGAUGACCUGGACAAGGCCGUGGAGCUGCUGGAUCGCAGCGUUCACAUGAAGAGCCUGAAGAUCCUCCUGGUGCUGCAGAUGUCCUCUCAGAACUCUUCCUCUAACAUGGACCUCUUGCAGUCACAUGAGGAGCUGGACAAUACAGGAAUCAGAGCGGCUGACAAGAAGAGUAUGCUGGCGUUAAUAGGCUCCCAUUCGACAGACCGCAGCUCUCCUCCUCCAGGAUACAUUCCCGACGCUCUCCAGCAGGUGGCGAGAAACGGCUCCUUCACCAGCAUCAACAGCGAGGGAGAGUUUAUUCCUGAGAGCAUGGAUCAGAUGUUGGACCCACUGUCCAUGAGCAGUCCAGAGAACUCAGCAUCUGGAAGUUGUCCCUCUUUAGACAGCCCCCUGGACAGCGACUACCCAAAGUCCAGGAUGCCCAGAGCACAGAGCUAUCCAGACAACCACCAGGACUUUCCAGAGUACGACAUCCCAGUGUUUGAGAAAUCGGGGAAAGGGGGAACAUAUCCUCGGCGAUAUGGCAUCCCGUUUGGUCUUCAAGACUACAGUGAUGGGAGGAAGACCUUCCCCCGGGCUCGGCGAACACAGGUUCAUGGCUUCCGCUCGCCUGUCAGCUUCAGUCCAACCGAGCAGUCGCCCAGCACCAGCAGCGGCAGCAGCGUCUUCACACCUGACCUGGAAGAGGUCCCGGGACCCACCAGAAGGCCACGGAGGGGCAGCGACAUUGAGCCUAACCCCAAUCUCUCGACUGCUCCCACCCUCUCUGUCAUGGACAUCAGUCCACCAAGCCGCUCCCCACGUGCUCCAACCAACUGGAGGCUAGGAAAGCUCCUGGGUCAGGGUGCCUUCGGACGGGUUUUCCUCUGUUAUGAUGCAGAUACCGGACGGGAAUUGGCAGUCAAACAGGUCCAAUUUGACCCGGAGAGUCCGGAGACCAGCAAGGAAGUGAGCGCGUUGGAGUGUGAAAUCCAGCUACUUAAGAACUUGUGCCAUGAGCGGAUUGUCCAGUACUACGGAUGUCUGCGAGACACGAUGGAGCGAACUCUCUCCAUUUUCAUGGAAUACAUGCCUGGCGGCUCCAUUAAGGACCAGUUGAAGUCGUACGGAGCACUGACGGAAAAUGUGACCCGCCGCUACACCCGGCAGAUCCUGGAAGGCGUUUCUUACCUGCACAGCAACAUGAUCGUCCACAGGGACAUCAAAGGAGCAAAUAUCCUUCGUGACUCUGUGGGUAACGUGAAGCUGGGAGACUUCGGGGCCAGCCGGCGGCUACAGACCAUAUGUCUGUCAGGAACAGGCAUCAAGUCAGUGACAGGCACCCCCUACUGGAUGAGCCCGGAAGUGAUCAGUGGAGAGGGCUACGGCAGGAAGGCUGACAUCUGGAGUGUUGGCUGCACCGUCGUGGAGAUGCUGACCCAACGACCCCCAUGGGCAGAGUUUGAGGCCAUGGCAGCCAUCUUUAAGAUUGCCACCCAGCCGACAAACCCGGUUCUCCCUGUCCACGUGUCGGACCACUGCCGAGAGUUUCUCAAACGGAUCUUUGUAGAGACCAAGCAGCGCCCGUCUGCUGAUGAGCUAUUGAGGCACAUCUUUGUACAUUAACCCAACCCCCUGAACCUUUAAUCCCCCGCCCACAUGCCGAACUGCCAGAUACGGCCUUACCUGAUGGGGUGUCCCUACCUCUGACCCCAUUCCCUCCACCUCCAAGCUGAAACCACAUUGGACCAGGAAGAACCGGCUGGAAGCAGGUGGGGUGCGUAGGCGGAGGGUGGUACCUACCUGAUCCUCCUGUCUCUGUUUGUAUGAGACUGCCAUUGAGGACAUGAAUUUUUAUUUUAUUUUUCUCUGCAAGUUGCACCUUAAUUUGUCAAAAGUGGAGGCUUUGAGCACUUCCUCCUGAAGAGAUGAAAAACAAAUAUUUGAAAAAAAUGUCUUCUUUUUUAUGUUUUUACGGUAACUCUCUUUUGGAGUGGGAUAGUGUCGGUGUUGUGGACCUACAGGAGGCGAUGCCUGACGUUCGAGUGGCUCUGCUCCCCCAUCUCGCUGACCUGACCCCAGAAUGUAGUCUCCUGCCAAAACCUGGAGGGAUGGUGAUGACCUGGGCCCGCUGCUAUAGACGAAACUAAACCCCUGAUUGCGGAGAACACUCCCCUUAACGGUUUCCACUCACUUUCCGGUCUGAUCUGCUCUCUCAGAUGAAAUGUUUUAUCUCUGCUUUAUUGUCUGCAAACUACCUUCCCUCUACCCUUCCCCGCCCCGUCUUCGUUCUUUGCCGUGUGCCUUUUCUGUUUUUAAACGCAGUGUAGGAGUGUCUUGAGUUUUUGGAUAAUCUCAUCUGUUCUUAGUCGCUAUAUUUCUGGAUAAAUUGCCUUGGCACUGUUAGCACAAAUCUAGCUGAUCUCAGUUCAGCCGUAAUAUCUGUUUUCGCCUUUUUCUGUAACAGAUUCCUGGUAAUGAGACAGGAUUUAUUUUGCCUCCUAACCAAAUACCCUUCAGACAUUUUCGAAAAAAACAUGCCUGAUGAACUUCUAGGUUUCACAAACCAACUCGUCCUAGGAUACUAGCACUUCUGCUUCAGUUGUUAAAGACAGGAACAGUAUCCAGAUUUUUCUCCUGAAAUGUUUUCUCUUCUGCUUCUCGAAGUAUUCAUUGGUUGAACUCAGGGCAGAAUUAGAAUUUUGGACAACCUUAACAUUUAAUUAAAUAAAUCUGGGCUCUAGGAAAGUUUGUUAGGCUUAUCAAGUAAUCGAUCAUUUGAGAAAGUAACAGUCGCAUUAAUAAAAAGCGAUUUCUGCGGGAAAAGUAAGCAGCUUAACCCAAAAGUGUGACCUUUUGGUGGAGAAAAUGUAGUUUGAAAUGGACCCAAGACAAGCGGUACUUUUUGUGAAAUAUCUGUGGUCAUGCUAUUACAGACCACUGAAACAAGGGGAGCAUUUGUGGAGUGUUAAUGUUGUGUUUCAAGGCAAAUAGCUUGCAGUUGAUAAGCCAGAGUUUCUGGCUGUAUGACGCUGUCUCGCUGGAUUUAUCGCUCAAGAGAAAUCAAGUGUACGACAUGAAGCACGGACAAUUCUCGCUGUCUCACAGGCUGCUUGACAUUUCACCAACAGGUACAUUUACAGUUGAAAUGUCUCUUUAUGCUCCACUGUUGCAAUCGGUACCUUUUAGCACUCUACGGCCAAGGAGUCACUGUGCCAUAUCAGAGCAUCCUCAUUGUAUUGUGUUUUGUAUAUUUUAUUUUUUGGCCUUAAACAUGCACUCCCAUAGAAGAGAUUCCCGCUCGAAGCGUUCCUGUGCAACAGUUAGCGCCAUGCUCUUAUGUUGUCGCUGAAUCAACGUGUCAAAGUCUCGCUGUAGCCAAACCACAAACACUCCGUUCAACAUGUGUCCUGCUCAGUUUCCCCUCGGGCUGAGCUCCUGUAAAAUCUGUCUGCUUAGUUAUGAUGGAGCACAACUAUGCACCAGUAAACCGUAAAGUCUCUGAUCACACGGCGUCUGCGGGAUUAAAUCUGUUUUCCAGAACCAGUAACUUGUCGGCAGCUCUGUCCUGCAACUGCUCCAAUGCCAGUUGCAUCAAAUGUCCCACCUCUUGCUCCACAAUAACGUUAAAGACUCAGUUUAAGAGGAUUUAUUCAGCUCACAUUUGUCUUCAUUUGGGUAUUCAUGCAAAAUUAGCUGGCUCUGGUUGCUGGAUAUUCCAGUAACUUCAUUGACUUCCUUUAUUCUUUUAAGACAAAUGUAAGCUGGUAACAUAACGAACCUCCUUAACCUCCCACGUGCACUCUGCAACUUCUUUAUUUCUCCAAAAUCUCUGGAGACCUAAGGACAUGAAUCAGUCGGACAUUCCUGUCCAUUUUUCAUUUCCUGCUUGCAUUAGGAGAUGUUGUGAUUUCCUGCAGUGUUACUAAAGAGCCAUAUUUUACUGAUAACACCAGGCAGAUUGGAACCUCACAGUUACUAACCAGGAAACACACUCGACCUCUCUCACAGGACUUUCCCCUGAAGGUGCUUGUACUCUUUUUGUUGCUCUGUGGUACUUUUUCUGCUGCAUGACCGGCCUAUUGAUUUCUUUUUUUCUUUUUUUUAUGUCCAUAAAUCUGAAACGGACUCCUCCUUCACUCAUAUGCAUUAUCAAAACGGUACCAAAACAAGCCCCAGAAAAAAGAAAACUCACUUUUCAAGAAUCAGAGUUUGAGGCAGCGUACCGUUAAAACUGUCAGGUACGGGGGAAGAUUUGUAAAUGCCGCCAGCACUGGUUAACCUUGAGACGCACUACCAUUAUGCACUUAUCGAUUAUUCACUGAUGCUUUUACUCGAUUCCUCGUCGGCUGUUGCUCGUGCAGCUCGGUUCAGCGACCUUUUUUUCUUUUGCACAUUUUAAAGACUAUUUUUUUAUUUUUACACAAGUGUGAAUGCGAGCGUGUGUGUCUGCGUGUCAAUGGUUCAGUUUGCGUUGACUUGUACAUGAAUGUAUUGUCUCCUCUUACCGUCAGAUGGCCUCGUUCACCACAGUGAAUUAACUCUUUGGUAUCAGUAUUUGUCACCUGCAAACACCAAGAUAAACCUGUAGUUCUCUCUUUAGUGUCUAAAGCCACUGCUGCCACUCCUCUCUCUCUCUCUCUGUCUCUCUCUGUGUGUGUGUGUGUGUGUGUGUGUGUGUGUGUGUGUGUGUGUGUGUGUGUGUGU